AUGCUAUCAAAUGACAAUGAAACAUUUCUAAAUGAAUAUAAUUCAUCUAUAGAAUCCCAUUCAUCUGAAUUGAAUUCUCUAUCGCAAUAUUCCAUUCAAUCAUCGAUUCCAACACAUUUCGAUAUGAACAAUCCUGAUGAUUGGUUUCUUGCUUAUUCAUCUAUUAAAAAUUCAGUUGUACAAAUUGAACGUAUAAAAAGUAAUGAACUAUUACGUUUAACAAAUAAUAAUCGUCAGAAAAUAUCACUUAACGAUAAUCCACGUGUACGUGGGCCGAAAUCAACUCGAUUUACAUGUCCUAUUUGCGGUUUAAUCACUGUUUCAAUGGAACGUUUACAAAAACAUGUUAAUCAACAUGGACAAAUACUUCAUUUAGAAACUUACAAACCAGAACGAAAACUAUCAACGUUAUUAUGUGAAAAGUGUAAAGCAACAUUUUCAUCAACAUAUGCAUUAAGAAAACAUCAACGUGUACAUACACGAGAUAAACCGUUUUCAUGUGAUUUUUGUGGUUCAAAAUUUUCUCAAUGGGGAAAUUUACGACAUCACAUUCAAAGACAUUUAGGCAUCAGUCCAUAUGCUUGUCCAUAUUGUAAAAAAACUUUUAUAGCACCAUGCAAACUUGAAGUACAUAUACGUGGCCAUCUUGAUGAACGGCCAUAUGUCUGCGAUCGAUGUCAAGCAACAUUUCGUUGUAACGAUGAUUUACGUAAACAUCUAAUUAUUCAUGCCGAUUAUAAGCCAUUUGUUUGUUGGUUAUGUGCAAAACAAUAUUUUCAUGCGUCGAAAUUACGUAUGCAUAUGAAAGAAAAACAUGAUAUGAAUAUAGUAAUUAAGAAAAAAGAUGUAUUAGAAUCCGGUAUUGAAUAUGAAAUAACAGUAGUUAAUCAACAACAGAAAGAAAAUUCAUCCGAUGAACAAACAACUAAAAUCUUUUAUGAACCAAUUAUUAACUCCGAUGAAAAUGAAUCACAAAUCAUCGAUGAAAAUAUGGGAAAUUAUCAAUUGUUAACUGAACUAAAUGUUAAUGAUAUUGAAUCAUUUGUUAAGUCGAAUCCAUUUGUUUUAUCAGAUACUGAUUUAAGAACUUGUAGUCAACCAAAUCAUCAAAAUCAUUUUGAUGAAUUUAAAUUAAUCGAUUUUCCGGUUAUGUAA